ACUAUUAAUUCAGAUGCACAAUGGAUAUAUAUAUAGUUGGUGAUAAAAACCACCAUUUGGAUAGUACCAUAGAUAAAAGAUUUAAAGGGCGGGGGUGAGAUUAUAGUACUAAUGUUCAAAGAUCCGAAAGAGGUUAUGACAAUUAAAAUUAAUCUAGCUGCCUUUGAUUUUGAUAAUUUGUGAGAAUUUUAUGUUCAAUCAACGAUGAAUUGCGUAAAUGCUCUUAACUCAAAUGAUUCAUUAAACAAAGAAUUAAAGGGUGAAAACUAUAAUCACAAACAAAUUUAUAAGUGUGGAAUUUGUGGCGAAGGUCACCAAUACAAGUUCUGCUCCUACGUUUCCAUAACAAAUCAAGUUGCUGAUAGGAAGGUAUUAUCGAAAGCAAGAUUAUCUCUUCCAGAAUGCCUAGAAAUUAAAAAAAUGUCCGACACAUCUGAAUCAGUAUAUGGAAAGUCACAUAUAGCUAUCGGAAACGAAUUUGGUCCAGUUAAAGCUAAAAAACUUCUAACUUUAAGACCAGAAAUUUUAUUUCCUUUAAAAAUAUUUCCAAAAAAUGAUGAAGAUUUUUGUGCAUAUUAUUUAGAUACUGCUGAUGAGAAUGAAUGCAAUUGGAUGAUGUUCGUUAAUUUUGCCAAUUAUGUGGAAGAACAAAAUUUGAUUUGUUAUCAAGAAAAUGAAGAAAUAUAUUUUGCUGUGAUAAAAGAUAUAAAUCCCGGUGAACCUUUAAAAGUGUGGUAUUCACCUUUCUAUGCUUCAAAAAUGCAAAAUGGUCUUCUUGGGUUCAAAGAUAUGCCAGACACUCACUUUAAAGUACAAGAAAAUAUUGACUUGAACAGCUUAAUCCAAAAGCAACAAAAGAUUACAUCUCGUUCAACAUGGAAUUGCAAAUUUUGCUACAAACUGGAAAGUGAUAUAACAGUUUUUGCGGCCCAUCUUCACUCUCAUUACAAGGCACGUUUAAGCAAAAUGUGUGAAAUUUGCAAACAGACAUUUUUAUAUAGAAAAGAUUAUACUAAACAUUUAAGGUUAUUUCAUAAGACCCAAACUGAAGAGAAGGAAAUAUCUGCUUCUUCUUCAAUGCCAAAAUCUGAGAAGGGUAUUGUAAAAAAUGUCAAUGAAUUAAAAGAUGUGUCAAUUGGAGGACCCCUACUGCAGUAUAGUACUGGUCUAGAUAGUUUAGAUGAUUCAAACCUGUGUCUACAAAAACCAGAUUUGAACAAUAUGUUUGAUAUAAAUGAACAUGAUAAUCUUCUUUUGGGAAGUGAAAAUUUAAAUUUAAAUUUGGAUUGGGAUUUUGACUUGGAAACUACAGAAACGACCCAGAAAAAUUUUACCUGCGACAUUUGUUUAAAGCAAUUUAAAACUUUAAGAUCAAUUAUUGAACAUCUUGUGCUACACACUGGAAAACAUUAUUGCCCACUGUGCAAAAUGGUAUUCGGACGCGACGAAACUCUUAAAAGGCAUAAGUGCCAUCGCAAGUUUGAAUUUAAAUGUGAAAUUUGCUCAAGACUAUUUUUCCAGCAUAAGUUCUAUACUUACCAUAUGUCUGUAGUACACCAUAGAAAGUUUUCUUGUAAAGAGUGUAACAAACACUUUCUCUCGCCUUCAAACCUCAAGACACAUUUAUGCCGCAAUAUCCCAGAAGAAAAUCGAAAACAGUUCAAGUGUACUCUGUGCUUUAAGAUAUUUUUUAAAGAAAUCUAUUUAAAAAAACAUUUGAAAAUCCACAAUAAAGACUCAAAUUCAGAGCGCAAAGAGAAAUUCAUAUGUGCUCAUUGUGGUGUUAUUCUAUCCUCAAGGCAAAUUUAUCAGCGGCAUUUAAAAAUACAUCAAGACAAUUGUUAUGAGUGCAAAAUAUGUGAUAAAAAAUUUAACAGAAAAGAUGUUCUAAGAGAUCAUUUAUUAACUCAUGGUCUGGGUGCCAGUAAAGAAACAUUUUGUUCUAUAUGUGAUAAGAGAUUUAAAUCUAAAAAGAUGCUACAGGCGCACAUCAAAAUACACGGUAAUCUAAAUUAUGAAUGCUCUACUUGCGGAAAGACGUAUAAGCAAAAACAAAAUUUAUCGAAACACCUUAGACUGCAACACAAAACUAAACCAAAACAUUCACGGGACGAGUCAUGGUUUGAAUGUGAAAUUUGUCACAUCAAGGUAAAACUAAAAAGAUCUUUGCAACGUCACUGGAAAAGAAAACACCCUGAUGAGUUUAAAAGAAUGAAAUUUAGUCAGACUAGAAGCAAAAGAACACUGUUGGCUCCUGAAAGUAAUUUAAUUGUCUCUAACGUUUCUAAAAAGGAGAUUGACAAAUUAACAGCCCAAAAGUGUAUGGAGUUAAAAGAAUCCUUGGAAAAUAUGGACUUUACUACUGAUGUCAGUUCCGAUAAAAACAUGGAGAAUAUCUUUAGUGGAGUAGAAAUUAUAGACAGAUUUUUGAAAGAAACAACUGCAGAUAUCUCUGAUAGUUUUUCUAUUAAUAUUUUACAAGAUAUUUCCAUCAGUACAAUUAAAAAGGCACCAAGUACACAGAACAAAAAUAACAGAGAACUGUUCUUAUCAAUGCCGGAAUUAGAUGAAGAAGGACCAAGCAAACUAGAAGCAUAAAAUAAAUUUGUUACAGUUUAAAAUACAAAAAUGAUUUUUUCAAUUCAUAGGUGAUGUUUAAAGCAAUGGUGAAAAUAAUUUAAUUUUAUGUGAAAGAUUUUGAUAAUAAUCAGGAACACAAUUGGAUAGCCCUGUUGAGAAUAAAUGAUAACCAAACAGAAAGAUGUGGUU